AUGCCGAAAAAUACAACGUGUUUGCAUCUCUCCCGGAGGAUUCAGCCCCCAAUUCCUUUCCCACAGGUGCCCGCGGGCACCGCCGCCAGAGUUUUGUUGGAUGCCAUCAUGAAAAAUGGAAGUACUGCUGGGGGUGGUCCCUAUUGCCAAAAACCAGCCGGUGGCAACGAUCAAAGUAAGCCUGCUAACACAAAGGACAGCAGUGCAUCUGGUGCAUGUGAAAGUGGUAAAGGCUACAACAAAGAACAAGUGGAAGGAGUACUCAGUAUAAAGAAAUGUAAAAAUUAUUAUGAAGUACUUGGAGUUGCAAAAGAUGCAGGUGAUGAAGACCUAAAGAAGGCUUAUCGAAAAUUGGCUUUGAAAUUUCAUCCAGACAAAAACCAUGCACCUGGAGCAACGGAAGCUUUCAAAAAGAUUGGAAAUGCGUAUGCUGUGCUGAGCAAUCCAGAAAAACGAAAGCAGUAUGACCUCACCGGCAGUGAAGAGCAAGCAUGCAAUCACCCCGGCAAUGGUAGAUUUAACUUCCACAGAGGUUGUGAAGCUGAUAUUACGCCAGAGGAUUUGUUCAACAUGUUCUUUGGGGGGGCAUUUCCAACAGGUAGUGUACAUUCAUUUUCUAACGGUCGGGCUGGAUACAGUCAUCCUAACCAACACCGACAGAGUGGACAUGAAAGAGAAGAGGAGAGGGGUGAUGGAGGCUUCUCUAUGUUCAUCCAGCUGAUGCCUAUCAUUGUAUUGAUCCUUGUCUCCUUAUUGAGCCAGUUGAUGGUUUCUAAUCCUCCCUACACCUUAUAUCCCAGAUCGAGCACAGGGCAGACCAUUAAAAUGCAGACAGAAAACCUGGGUGUCAUUUAUUAUGUCAACAAAGACUUUAGAAAUGAAUACAAAGGAGCAUCUUUACAGAAGAUAGAAAAGAAUGUGGAAGAGGAUUAUGUGUCAAACAUUCGAAAUAACUGUUGGAAGGAGAGGCAGCAAAAAACAGACUUACUAUAUGCAGCAAAAGUCUACCGAGAUGAGCGUCUCCAAAGGAAAGCAGACUCCAUGUCCAUGGACAACUGCAAAGAACUGGAGCGGCUGACCAGUUUAUAUCGAGGAGGCUGAACUAGAAUUUUACAUGUGCAUCUUGAAGUACACUAUUAUCAUUCCUAUACAUUGAAGAAGUCUAAUUUCAUCGUGAAAGCUGGAAAGAGGGUGGAUGUAAAACUCUACUGUGUAGCUGUUUCCAGAAUCCUUAUACUGAAAUAUCAUUUAAUGGCUUCUUUACCUACUAUGAAAUAUAGGUAUUUUAAUUGUUUAGAUUUUACUCCAAAAGCUUCUGUGAAUUGUUUCAGCUCAAAAAGGAUGCUAUACUUGUAGAGACUUAGUCAUAGUGGUUCUCCUUUUAACAUAUUUGCCAUGUAAAUAUCUGUGGAAAGAACACUUUGUGUAUAUACAAGAUAAAAGACUUUCUAUUUAAUAUUUCAGAGAUCUAGCUCCAUAAAACAUUUUGUCUCACUGAUGGAAUAAAUAGUCUGAUUACAUCACUCCUUAUGCAGAUAUCAAGUGUGUGGAGUUUAAAUAAUCAUUUUUAAAUUAUUUAAUUUUAUGUAAAAUCGUCUGACUUUACCAGUUUGGAGGAUAUUUUUAAAUAUAGCAGUGUAUAUUCCUAAAUAUAUGUUGGGGUAAAUUGAUAUGGUGUAGAGUAGCAAUUAGCUAUUGUAGUUUUUAAGCAUUUCUUAGCAAUGCUAAGAAACUACAUUAAUCUUUUUUUUUUUUUUAAAGUAAAUAGUUGCAAAGUGCAGUAGAGAAAUUAUGGACGUUGCUUUUAGUACUUGAAACAAUUCAUAGCAACUCUGCCAUUCGGUAUUCCAGUAGUAGUAAGUCCACACACAUGUUUAACAUGCAUUUUACAGCUUAUUUAAUUUUCACUGCAAAAGUAGGGGGGAAAAAACAUUUGAUAGUUAUUUAACUUUAAAAAAAAAAAAAACUUUUUCCUCUUCAGAGACGUAAUUUCUUAUUCAUUUUAAACUAGUUUCCUCAAACUUAUUCUUCUAUAGGCAUCAUUCAUGAACCCAGGAAAAUCACCGCUAAUGUUGAGCCAUGUGCCUUGUUACACUUUUGCCAACUAUUAAAUGCUUCACUAAUUUGUUACAUACUGCUGUGAUAUGAGCCCUACUCAUUUGGCCAAGAACAGGAACUAGAGAAAGUUUCAGGGUGUAAAGCUGUUCAGUCCAAAACUUUACUAAAUUGAUUUUCUGUACAUGAGCAAAUAUACCAAUUACUUAUCUAAUUCAAUAUACUUUAAUUUUAUGGGCUGUACACUUAAAUUGCAUGGAGCUGAACUCACUGACACAAAUUAAGAGGUAUUUUGAAGCCAUUGAGUACACGCUACUUUGUGCCCAUAGAGUGAGAGAGUUUUGAGUUUGGUUUGUGUUACUUAAGUUGUAAUUUCCACAUGGUUGGGCACAUCUACAUAUGCUAUUAAUGUGAAGCAAUAAACUCUGGCACAGUUCAUGCCAGAGUUUUUAUUGCUCCAGGGCACAGCAUUUACACAUGCGUCUAGGAACAGAGCAUGUUGAGUGCAUCCCCAGCUGGUAGGGCACCCAGUGGGGGUCAGUCUGGAGGUGCUCCUGCCCUGCUCCAACAUGCUGUUGGGCUGGCAGGGGCACAAGAGUGCUCCAGUGCAGGGCUAACUGGCAGACAACCCCACAUUAUGGCGCCCUUGUGCCCCAGCCAGCUCUAGUAUCAUCUACGCAUGUGUUGCAGCAUAUUAAAUAAUUUGGCCAUAGGAUGGUAUUUGCAUCAGUCAGUACUAUUCUGUGGUGAAGUUAAUUAGUUUACUGUGGCUUAAUAGUGGCACACCUGCAGACAGUGAUGCUUUACUGCAGAGCUAAUUCAUCACCUCUGCGGUAAAGUGUCUUGUGUAGAUGCUGUGUAGCAAAAUGUUUGAUGUAUUGAGAAUACUAAUUAUUGAUUUGUAAGGAGCCAAAUUCUGCUCUCAGAUUACACCAGUAUAAUUAUAUCACUGAAGCCAAUACCUCAUUGACUUUACCAGACUUUUGGGUUUUUUUAUUUAAACUUGAUGUAACUUGAGAACAGAAUUUGGCCCUACAGGCGCUUAAAUGCUGCUGUGUGGCCCUGAAAUCCUUUUCUAUAUGCCUUUUCUUAAGUGUCUCACUGAAAAUGCCCUGUGUUAUAUAUAGUAGUGCAACAUGGAACAGGCUUGCUGCUGACUCAUAAAAUUAGUAAUCAGAACACAACAUUUUUGGGCAUUUGAAAGAGAAAUGUUCAAAGUUGAUACCAAAGGUGAAUUACAAAGUAGAGCUGAGGAAGAACAGGGGUUUCAUUGCUGUAUGUCCCUUCUACUUGAUCUGUGGGGUAAGUGAAGAGGGAUUAUGAAUCAUCUAUUUACUUUAGAAUUUCCCCAAAUGUUUGUUGUAGAAGUAAAAAGAAAAAGCAAAUAUGAAUUCCAUGAGUUCUGGAAAUCAUUGCAACUAUGUUCGUUUGGGAAAUAAUAUACAAAACUAGUCUUAAUAAAAUAAUUGUUUCAAUUAA